GAGGGGUAAGUUCUAAAUGUCCCAUCUGACUCUAUUCUCCUCUUCAAGAAUUCAAGAAGUUUGUAUUUGACAAGUCCAUUAAAAGUUUCUACAUAACAAUUCACCAUGCCUGCAGGUAAAGAAGAUGUUGAUGACCACGGCGCUGGCGCUGCCACGGAGCAUGUCAUGAAGAAUGCUUCGAGCAAGACCGAGUCGAAUGCUAGUGAUCACCCAAUUCAUGAUCAAGGACCACCGAAGGGAGAACAAGUCGAGUUCCGCCACCACGAAGCAAACCCAGGUCCAGCCAUUCCUGAAAACUUCAGUGCUCAACAAGAGGGAACCAAGGAAGAGCGUCAAGCAAAGGCUCAGGCAUUGAACAAGUAAUGCUUUUCUGGUAUGCUUGUUGUAGUGCUUAUAUUGGCCCAAAACCUUUGCUGACAGGAACCAGAGGAUCUAAGAUUUGAGACGAGGAAUUGAGUGUAGCAUCAUGGACAAAGAAUGUUUGUAAAAAAAGCUUCAUGGAGUAGCUAAGUUGUAGUGAUACAUUAUCAGUCUGGCCUCAUGAACACAU